AUGGAGCCCCCCACCUUCGGUGCACCUUCUUUCCCACAUUCAACUACCAGUCCUCAAGGUCUGGGUUCAAUGGCGGAAGGGUUUACCAACUGGGCAUCUCAGCCCUCUCCAUACCGCACGAUUGCCCCAUGGACUAGCUACAGGGAGCGUAACUCGAAUAACACAACCACCACUACUAGUCACGAACUGAGCCCUGCAUCGGCGCCCAGGAAGACGAUAUCAUUUCCUCUAACGCCUUUUGGUCCUUCUGUUUCAAAUAUCCCGGGCCCGCGCCCUUCUCGUGCUGAUCAGCUCCCAAUGUUCGAGUCAUUGGAAGAUGAGAGGCCCAUCAAGGCGGAACAAAACCAGGGAAACCGUACCCUGGCGGACAGUAUUGCGCAUGUUCAGCCAGUGGCUCGAGCAGGGAACACUAGAGCAAAGUCUUCACCAGCUCAUGUGUCUCGUGCAAACCCCGUUUCCCUAGGCUCUCUAAACCUAGAAACACUCAGUGAUUCAAGAAUAUUUUACUAUUUCGGUGUACUGGCGAUACAAACAGUGCUUCUGCCCCAAUUCCACUUCACACGUGGCCGAAAACGAGAUCGCUGGGGCGUCAAGAUGACCAUGUACGGAAUGACAUUGGUUCGUUCGCACGUGUACGCCUCCCGCAAAGACGCCAAAGUGGACGUAUGUAAAGAGGCUCUGAAAAAGUUAAAGGUCGAGCAUCCAGAUUGGAUUGUGCCAGAACGGCCAGGGGGUUCGCUCCCACCUGUCGAUCGGGAUUGGGUGAGAAUCCUCCGCGAAUAUUGUGCGCAGCAGGGUCUGCGUGAUCCAAGAUAUACAACGUAUGAGCAUCAUCAAGGAUACCGCCACGAGGUGGAGGUCGGUGGCGGUAUGUACUUUGGCGUCUUGAGACACUAUCCGGAUGAGCAUUCAUCUAGGCAAGGAGCAGCACACCUGGCACUUUACGACAUGCUAGUGCGGGGAGAAGAUAGCCACCCUGAGCUCCAAGGUCUCUCCACGAUGAAUGCUCGUAAGGCAAGUCCAUCGGCCCUGGUCUCUCGAGACCCUCCCCGCAUGUCUUUUAAGCAACACAUUCCAGCGAAAAGAAAGCGGGAGGACCACGAGAGGAGUAGGGCUGUCAGCCGGCGCGUUAGAGAAAGCAGAUCCCCUGUAAACGUCCCGAGCGCUCAGGAAUCAAUGCCAUCGAAUGCAAACCUACAGCCGCUAAAGAACAGCCGGUUGGCAGCAAUCGAGAUUCAGCCUCCUGUAGCUGAAGAGAGGCGCUGGAAGGCAACUCCCUCGGAGUUAUCGUACCAAAUCAGGAAUCUCGAAUCGUGGACAAUGAAACUAGAAAGAAUCUGCAAUUUACUCGCGCUCGAACAGCCAGAAAUCCGAAUCGAGAGAACCGACGGACGGCUUAUUGAGGAAGGAGGAGAAUACACCGCCGGAGCAUGGUUCACACUUGACCCGUUCCUUACCAGAGCAAGCCCCAUCGGAAAAGUGCAGGACGUGCGAGGUACCAGGGAUGCUGCACACGAGGCUUGUGCUCAGAGGGUUUCGGACUACUUGAUCAGGCUGGUCGAAGAAGACAGCUGA